AUGGCAUCUAGUGUCGGUCAGCAAUUGAUGCAGGAAAACGAAUUUGAUACUUCUCUGGCCCUGUCACCUGGGAAUCCCAUACCUUCGCUGGUCGAAAGUAGUGAGAUCAGAGGCUCUUAUCAGCCUCUACCUACUGCGCAAGGGUCCGGUCAGGCAGCUGAGCGGCGGAAGAGCACCGGGAAGAAAGACGCAGCCGAAAGAGAUGAGACUUCUGCCCCGACAACAAUACCAGCAGGCACCGCUACCAGCAGCAGUCCAGGUACAGCAAAGGCCGCAGCAGCAUCGAAGCCGAAGCGGGUGAGAACAGGAUGUCUGACCUGUAGGGAAAGACAUCUCAAGUGCGAUGAGGCUGUUCCGCGAUGUCUCAAUUGCCAGAAAUCUGACAGACAAUGCAAGCGUGGAAUUAGGUUGAAUUUCAUUGAUACACAGGUUGCUGCGCCGCCUUAUGCAGCGCCGGCUUCCCAGACAUGGCAGAUCAAUUUUCGUGACGAGUCGAGAGAGAUAGCUUCGGAAUACCUGGGCGGAUCUGAGAGGUAUCGUCCCAUAAAGAAUGAGGAGUUCGCAAAGCCUCCGGGAUUCGGGUUUGCCAAUAUGAUGGGAUUUCCCAUGUCUUCUCAUCAGAAUCUAGCCAAUAUACCGGCCUUACUGACAUUUCCUGAAGCCCCGUCUGCUGAAGGGUACGAAUCUAUGUUUCAAACGACUCAGCAGCCGCCCUCUUCUAACCAUGUAGUUCAAGAUCAGUCUAUUCCACAGCCACCGGUGCUUACUCUAGCACCUCCAAGGGAUCCGAGGCCGUGUCUGAAUACCCCAGAAGAGGUGCUUCUUAUGCAGGUGUUUGUCGAGGAGGUAGGCCUAUGGAUGGAUUCAAUGGAUGCCAUGAAACACUUUACCCGUAUAAUACCAUUCUAUGCUCUCGGGGAGCCAAUGCUUUUAAAUGCUCUACUAGCAUGCGGUGCUCGCCAUUUACAUCUCGUAAAUAUGACGUACAAAGAGGAAAAAGCUCUGUUCUAUUAUAACUCGGCCACCCAGGACCUACUCAGAUACCUUCAAAAUCCUAUACGAGACUCCGCCCUCUCUGCUACCACAGCUGUGGUCCUCAACGUCUAUGAGAUCAUGUCCACCAAGGAGACACAGCGGAUGAACCACAUUGCUGGAGCUCGAGCUCUUAUCAAAGAGUGCCAAUGGGAUGGCAGGUCAUCCGGAGUAGGCGGUGCCUGCUUCUGGCUAAACGUCGGCAUGGAGCUACUCAGCUGUCUUCAUUACAAUUGGAGACUGGCUUGGGAUCCGGAUACGUGGGGAGUAGAUAUGAAUAUGGUUCCAUCUGGCUCGAGCAUUGUUGGCAACGAGGAAUUAUGGACUCACCGGAUAGUGUAUAUCUGUGCAAAAGUCGCUAAUUACCGAGCAACAACUCCUCAACCCUUGGUUCAUGAUAGACAGGGUCAGCAAAGCGACGAGUGGAACAAAAUGAAAGCUUGGUGCGAUGAAUGGGAGAGAUGCAUCCCCCGAUCCAUGCGGCCGCUCGGAUACCUGCAGUCAUGGCAGUCAAAGACAAAGUCUUCCUUCCCUGAAGUUUGGCUAAUAAAAAGGUCGUCUGUGGUUGCCCGGUUGUUCUAUCACACUACAUGCAUUCUUCUGGCAAAGACGCAUCCAACCGAGUCCCAGUUCAGUGAAAAUAUGCUAGCAACCCAACAGAGCCAUGCGAAUGAUAUUUGUGGCAUUGUAGCACAUGUAAAGGACAGGGGUGUCGCUAGUGUCUCCAUUCGCUGUCUUAUCAUUGCAGCAGAGUGCCUUGUCAGCAGAGUCUCGCAAGAGCAGGUCUUAGAGAUCAUGGAUAAAAUCCUCAAGGAGACCGGCUGGAAGAUCGGACCACUUCAACAGGACCUAGUGCAGAAAUGGGGAUGGAAUGUCAAAGCUGAAAGCCAGGCAAUGCCACACCAGCACCAGCACCAACAUUCUCAUCAGCAGCACCAGCAGCCUACCAUGUCUUCUAUCCCGACAUCCUCAACAGCUGCAGGCUCCAUAAACCUGAAUUCCUCCUUGCUGCCUCCUGAGGUGGGGCUUGCUCUUCCUCGGCCGGCCAUCCCACAAGGUAUUGUUAACCCAAUGAUGGCGGCCGCUGAUUUCAAUGCAGCCAACCACCCCUAUCAGAACCACUACGUUGCACCGCAAAACACCUCACAGGGCAGUUAUCAGUACGGCCACUACUAG